UCUCUCGCCAGCAACGGAGCCCAAAAAAGCUACCCCUCUAAGAAAAUCUUCCAACUGUGACUCUUUUCCAACCGUCUCCCAUUGAGCAAUCAUGGCCAGUCGUAAAAGUCCCUUCGAUUUGACGAUUUGUGCGAGGGCAAAUAUUCUCGCGCUCGAGCCAUAUCGAUGUGCAAGAGACGACUACAAAGACGACGGCACGAACAUCCUCCUCGACGCAAACGAAAAUGCCUACGGACCCUCCUUAUCUCUGAACGGAUCUGCGAAGCCAUCAGCAUCAUCCAAUGACCCCUCAAUCGACUUCCUCGGUCUUAAUCGAUACCCUGAUCCCCACCAACACGACCUCAAGCAACUCCUCUGCAACCUGCGAAAUACACACGCGCAUACAACGAAGAGCAUCACACCUGAGAAUCUAUUCGUGGGAGUGGGAAGCGAUGAGGCAAUUGAUGCUUUAUUACGAUGUUUCUGCGUGCCUGGAAGAGACAAGAUCCUCGUCUGCCCGCCGACGUAUGGCAUGUACUCUGUUUCAGCACAGGUGAACGAUGUUGGCCUUGUUAAGGUCCCGCUACUUCCUGCUCCAGAAUUCGGAAUCGAUGUGCCUGCAAUUGCAUCUACUCUUUCAUCCUCAGAAGCUUCUGCGAUUAAACUCGUAUACCUUUGCUCGCCGGGCAAUCCUACGGGUUCAUUGAUCAAGAAAGAGGACGUGAAGCAGGUUCUUGAACACCCUACAUGGAAUGGAGUUGUUGUGUUGGAUGAAGCAUAUAUUGAUUUCGCACCAGAGGGGUCAUCACUUGCUGAAUGGGUUGCGGAAUGGCCGAAUCUGGUGGUUAUGCAGACAUUGUCGAAAGCGUUUGGUUUGGCAGGCAUUCGACUUGGAGCUGCGUUCACAUCGCCGCCUAUUGCUGCCCUUCUCAAUAAUCUGAAGGCACCGUACAAUGUUAGUAGUCCUACGAGUGCUAUUGCUUGUCAGGCUCUACAAGAAGGUGGGCUUGGUGUUAUGAGGGGUAAUAGGUCGAGGAUUCUCGAGCAGAGGGAUAGGUUAUUGGCUGAGCUUCCUAAGGUGAAGGGCGUUGGGCGGUUCAGAGGUGGAUCUGCAAGCAACUUCCUGCUAGUGGAGAUAUUGGAUACUCAACGGAAGCCUGAUAAUUUUACUGCGUUGAAGGUCUAUGAGAGACUGGCGGAAAAUAGAGGGGUAGUAGUCAGGUUUAGAGGGAAGGAGCAUGGGUGUUUGGGAUGUUUGCGGAUCACUGUUGGGACAGAGACAGAGAUUACGAGAUUCUUGAAAGAGAUUGCAGAUGUGAUAUCACAGGUUCACUCCGAGGGUGAAAAAACGAACAGUGUGAUGGAAGAGAGGGAAGAAGAAGCUGCAAAUGGAAUCAUUUCAUAGGCUGGCUAGAUCAGAAGAAUGGAGGAUUAUGAGCAAACACUGUCUCGUCAAGAAAGCUUGUCGAAGUUCUGGACAUUUGCACGGGCUCUCUAAGCCUGUCCGAUCAUGCCCUAUUCUUGUUCUGCCACUGCAUCCUUUGUCUCAGAUCGUUGAUAUAAUACCUAGGGAAGAAGUCAUUGCUCAAUGGAAAACAUCUUCAAUGUAAAGUUUGGUGAGAAGUAUGCAAGGUGCCGUCUGAAAUCAUCUGUUGACAAGGAGGACUUGCGAAGACCACUUAAAGAACGGCCUAGAAUAUUGAGUACCAAUGAAGAAUGACUUCCUAUCUAGUUCCAAACAGGUUACGGGUACGCACA